UUCAAUUCAUUGUAAAAGCUGUAAAAAUUGACCAACAUCAUCAAUGUAAUUUGACUGUCAUAUAGGCCUAUACAAUAUUAUAGGCACAAUAUGGCACAAUAUUAUUUUGAUUAUUGAGGUCAAAAGCUUAAAACAGUCAUGCACAUUCUCAAAUUGUAUACACGACUUCAUUAAUUGGAUUUCAAUAAGUAAACCCCUGAAUACAAUGCUGGUUAGACAAAAAAGAUUAGGAUAGAAAAUAUUGUAUGUGCUAUAGGUAGCACAUAAAAGCUUUCCCUGUAUGGGAGAUGCGCUCGGGUCAACGGUAUCGACGUCUCACCCAUCGAUCAAUGUCUUAACUGCUAGAACAUGUUACACUAUCACACAUUUACACAAACGUGAUGUACUUACCGAGUAAAAAAAACAAAACAUUUCAGAAUACACAAUGUGUGCACAUCCCGCACCCAUUUUCAAGAGAUGACUCUUUCACGCUAAGUGCGCAAUAGUCUCUUCCAAGAUCUUCAGCCUAUACCUGAGAAUCAGUGAAAAUUACAGUCACAGUCACAUCUAUCUUUCCCUCACUCAUAAGAGCUUACCAAAUUCCUCUUCAUGUAAGCACUGGCGGUUGAGACAGGGGAGAGGGAAUGCUAAAAUGUUCCACCGCAUAGUGUGCGCCCCUCUCUCUCUCUCUCUCUCUCUCUCUCUCUCUCUCUCUCUCUCUCUCUCUCUCUCUCGCUUGCUCUCGCUUGCUCUCUCGCUCUCUCUCCCUCUUUGUCUCUACAUGUCAAUCUGCAGAUAUUAAAUGCGUGGCCGUGAAUCCUUCUCUCUAUUUGGACCUCUCCUCAACAUCACAGUGAAAAGAGAGCCGUGGGAAAACGUAAAAAAUAAAUCUUAACUGCAGCUGUUGGGGCUGAUCGGGCGUGAAGGACAAGUCGACCCACUAUCAGAGCAUGACAAGUCCUCUGGAGAAGGUGGUGGCCCAGAAGAAAGAGGCCAUCGAGGCUGUGAUGGAGAGUUUUGAGCGAGGGGCUGAGGUGUUGGCCAGCGCAGUAGGGGAGCUUUUCCCUCUCUGCGAGGCAGCCGCCCCUGUCCUACGACUAGCCCUGGACAACGUGCAGAGCAAAGAGGUCUUCUAUGUCAAAGAGCAGUUCCUGGCCGUGAGGAACAAGCUGGACGUACUGUCCACCCAGCUGGAGGACAUUGACUGUGAGAUUAAGAAGGGCCGGCUGGAUUCCCAGUACUUCUUGGUGGAGGAGAACAUCAGGAACCAGUUCCGAAAGUACAUGGACAUUCUGGAGGCCAAGCCACAGUUUCGGGAGGUCAAGACGAGGCUGUUUCUGGAGCACUUCUCCAAGACCGGAGGGGAGAAGAACCUGUAUGUGCUGUAUGAUGCUCUGAUGGGCACCAACAGCUUUGGGGAGUCCAUCUUAGAGGUAGUUGAGAGGUAUGAGGCGAGGAACAGGCGCGUGCUGGAGGACUUCUGUGUCAGGAUGAAGGAGCUCUUCUGCCUGGGCCUGAUUGCCCUGCUGGGCCACUGUGCCCUCACCAAGGGCCCCGAUGAGGAGCAGGAAACCAUCCAUGACUGGAGCAGCAAAAUCGAGAAAGUGGAAUCAAAGAUGAAGGCAUGCAUCGAAGUCUGCGUAGCAGCCUUCCCUGAACAGGCCUGCCUUGACGCCCAGCGUCUUCUCCAGGAAAAAGAUGAAUGCAAUCUUCAGGACACGGCUCAGGAAGUACAGGAAUUCCUCACCAGGAAGUACGACUGGGUGAGCUGGUCGGUCCGAGUGGUCAACCACUCUGGCAGCAGCUAUCGGAACUGGCGUGCCGGGGACCACUUCCAACACAUGGCUGGUCAGAACUGGUUCGAGGUGUUGCAGGUGAACGAUACCAACCUGAUGGUUUCCUACAGUACCAGUCCCCAACCGGUGCCCCGCGACUGCAUCCGGCAACUGAUGGAGGGGCCGGGGAAGAAGGGCGGUGCCCAGGCCGUGGUGGAGGUCCUGGAGAAGCAGCUGGCGGGGUUCGUGGUGCAUGCUGUCAGUCGCCACAAGGAGAGCGAGGCCACCUGGAGCUUCCCUGAGGACUGCCAUUACUGGGAGAGGCACAAGAACGUGGCGCUGUGCGUACACUCAGAGUGAUGCUGAUAGAGGUGCAACAAGUCAGACAAAUAGGGAUCAUUUAUGUAAUCAACCUGAGGGGUUAUUCUAAAUUCUGAAUUGACCACCUCAAAGAGGAUGUGUGGGGAAUUAUGGUAAAUGGUGAUGAGGUUUUGUGAACACGCCAUGCAGUUUGUGCUAGUCAUUAUGUAAUACUAUACACUGUGUAUAGCAAGAAGCUUUGGUGGCAAUUAGAUUCACUGUAUAUAAAUCUGAAUGUAUUGCUAAUUUGAGGCAGUGUUACCAUAGCCAAGUGUUUACAGAGUAUUUAAUGAACUGUAUAUGCAUUUUAUUAUAAGUGACUAACCCCUACCAAAGCGUAUGACCACAUUUUACUCAAUGCUCUCUCAUAGUUAAAUAGCUUUACUCAAUGCAUCUUACCCUACUGCUAAAUACUCACCGUUUUUGUGAGGAAUAACCUUGCUGGCCAUAAUUCCAAAGAGAUGAUUUAGCUGAGAUUGCAACUGCUGAGCUGUGCUCUCAUUUUGUCUCUCUACGACACAGGCUGGCCUACAUUACAAUGAAAGAGAGCAUGGCAGCUGAUUUGCCGACCGUGAAAACAACUUGGCACUCAGUGUUCUCUACUGUGACUUGUCGUCACAACACACUCAAACCCUUGCUUCUGAACCCAUAUCAAGCAUGCUGCAGUAGCAGAACUUUAAUGGUAUUACCUCCCGAGAUGUGCCUAUUUGUGAACAGAUUAUUUAUGCCAGUUGUUACAGCAUGGAUGUGAAGUGAUGUUUAAUUGACUAAUCUUUCUAAUUCGCACUAAUUCUGUCAUAAUAAAAACAGCAUCCAAAUUCUA